UUUGUUACUGAAGAAACUUCACUUCAUUGAACUAAACGCGUUCAAUAAAACCCUAUUUCCCCAUCAUUUUGGUCCUCCUUCCUCCAUCUAAUCGUCGUCUUCGCGUCCGCCUUCUCCUUCGUUUGCCAUCUCCGGUUUUGUAUUACACACCAGAUGUCUGUUAGCAUCAACCAGAAGCAUCACUAUUUUGUUUGGGCUGCGUUGAAUCAAAGAAGACAUUGGUGCUCCGGGAAGAUAUUGUUUAGGCAUUGGACUUGACUCUGGUGUAUACUAGUCUAUAUACUCUGUUACUUUCUUUUGUUAAAAUUUGCUUCACUGAGACCUACUAGUGCUGUGUUCUUUUCAUUUUAUUUGGCUGUGCGGUUUUUUACUAGUUCCGAUGGCGAAGCUUCCACCAGGGUUUCGCUUUCACCCUACUGAUGUUGAGCUGAUAAUGUACUAUCUAAAGCGGAAGAUCACGGGGAAAAAGAUCCUUUUUGAAGCCAUAUCAGAACUCAACAUUUAUAAGUUCUCCCCAUCGGAUCUUCCAGACAAAUGUUGCUACAAAAGUAAAGAUCUUGAAUGGUAUUUCUUUUGCCCAAAUGAGAGAAAGUAUGCAAGUGGAUUCAGGAUGAAUCGCACUACUGAAACUGGAUUCUGGAAAAUUACUGGCAAGGAUAGACGUGUUCUUUAUGAUGAAAAGUUUGUUGGAUCUGUUAAGACUUUGGUUUUUCACCAAGGUAAAGCACCACGAGGGCAGAGAACUGAUUGGGUUAUUCACGAGUAUAGAUUUGAAGAUAAAGAUAUGGCAGAUGCAGGAUUUUCUCUGGAUGCAUACGUGCUUUGCAAAGUAUUUAAGAAAAGCGGACCAGGUCCCAAAAAUGGAGCGCAGUAUGGAGCACCAUUUAAGGAGGAAGAUUGGGAAGAUAAUGAGACACCUGCUGAACAUAAUCAAUCCAGUAUUCCUUCUUUACCUCUGCCUGACAAUGAAACCUGCUCAAUUGUGACCCAGCCUUACAUACAUGAGAUGCCUGCUGAACCUAAUUCAUAUGGUGCAACUUCUGUACCUGCAAUGCCUGACAACCUAAGCUGCUCUGUCAUUACCACCAUGGUUGACCCAGGAAACAAAUCUCUUUGGCAUUUAACUGAACCACGUCCAUCUUCUGCUGAGCUAUACAGUAAGAAGAUGCCUCAGGAAGAGGAGGAUUACAUGAUUCACCUCUCUGACAAUUUGAUUGAAGAUCCUGCUAUAUUGUUUGCUGGAAAUGAGGAUAACCUGGGUACUAACGAUAUGAAUGUUGAAGUUGCAUCUUUCACUAAUGGGAAUGCUAUGCACAACAGUCUUGGAAACCUUGACAACUAUGUAGAACUAGAUCAAACAACAUUUGAUCUUUCCGUAUUCCAGGGAACUGACUAUAGUCAUGACUCCAUAUUUUUCCAAGAUGUUCCCUAUUUGGAGCUCAACGAUCUUAAAAUCCCUCUGAGUCACUCUGCUGAAGCCAUUGAAACGGCGCCAGUAAUGAUGGGCGAUUUCUGUGUUCCACAUAGUUCUGAUGUUGACAUGCGACAGUUCUGUUUUGGAAGCAAUUCUUCAGCCAGAAGUCAGCAAGUUGCAGGCCAAAAUCAGAUCCAUGUGCUCCCUGAACAUCACAUCCAGCAAGUUAUUGGGUCUGAUUUGGUAAAUUCUGAUGCAGCUAAUGUGAAUCAGGCAUACAAUGCUGCAUACACGACUGAUUUUAGUUCUCACAAGCAACCAGAGGGUAGUAGAUACACUGCUCAAAACCCGGAAAGAGGUGAGCAGCAAAGAGAGUUUUUCUCUUGCAUGUUUGCUCAUUCUGCUUCAGAUUCUCUUUGUGCUGGCUUCUCCAUACAUGCCAAGGCUGAGGUGAUUCUAUGGGUUGAUGGAUGCACUGACGACGCCUUGUUUGCUGUUUUGGUAGAUUCUAGUACUGGUCUUACCUGCCAGUCUGCUGUUAGUAAGUCAGAUAAGGAAGUGUGUAAAUAUUGCUAUGACUUUACAACUUCCUUCUGCGUUGCUAUUAGUUUAGCUUUCUUUUUUGUUUCUCGCUUGAAAUUAGUUGGACAAUUCCUUUUUGGAGUUGACUUUAGCAGUACAACCUUUUUAUUGAGACAGCUUCAAAUAAAUUUUAGUGUGUAGUUAUCUUGGUUUUAAC